AUACCUGAGUUGUCAUUACCUGUCAUCACCGGUUACUACCAGUCCUUACAAACAAACACCUACAUCGGCUCCUAUUCCCUGACAUUUCUAAGUUUGUCACCCAAUAUACAUGUCUGGGGUAUAACUAGCGACCGGUUCCCCAUAUUUGCGAUCCCCGUCCAGUCCAAUACUGGCCGUACGAAACGCAACAAAUUAACGGCCGGUGAAAUGGCAAAUGUAAAUCAACAAUUCUCAAAGACUAUUCCCAAAGUUACACAAGACUUCAAAGCAGCGUUUGAUAAAGACUUUAAACAGGGCUUAAAUGUGAGCACUUAUGGUGUGAAUACUAAUAAGGACUGUUGGGUGUGUUCGAGUCCCUGCUCUAUGAUAUACUGUUGUAAUGACGGGUACCCCCAGUGCUGUAUUGUCGGCGGUUAUUGUGCCUGUUGUUCGCAUUAAUCUAAAUGUAAUUCAUGCCAUUUUAUUAUUAAACAGUUAACAAUUUGUA